AGACCUUAAAAUAAUCUUGGCUACAAACAUGGCGCAGUUAAAAGUAGUACUGUAUUGCAAAAUCCUGGCAGGCCAAAAAGCUGAUAAUUAUUGCUUCAUGGUUCAUAAAUGACAUGUUAACAUUAAACCCACUCGUGUGGUGGGUCAUAAUACAUCGAUUGACAGCAACCCAAAUUCCAUUCCGGAGGCAGUCCGCAGGUGCUCGAGAACGGUCUCCACUGUUUCCAGUUUGCCCCAGUUGGGGUAGACUCGCAUGUGGGGGGGGCGCAUGAGGGAGCCGCACAUGGUUCUCAAACUGCUAUUGUUACCCCUUUGGCGUGGAUGAAUUCCACAGCUCCAGGAGCUCAGCUCGGAGACAUUUGGGUCUUGGGAGAUCUCUACUCCUUGCAGCAGCAAUUGGGAGGGGCAACUAUUGAUCUCGCCCCACGCGCGGCGAGCAUGGAGAGGGGUGACUGAAUGUGACUGAUGCGAUCGCAGACGCUUGAUAUUGAUUGGGACGUGCACGGAUCGGCAUCCCAGAUGAUUCCAUCAGACUUCCAAUUCUCAAAAGCAUGCCUCAACCUGAAAAAGAAGAUGUUGGGCAGUUUCAGAGUGGGGUGUUUGGGUGAAUGCCAAGUGAUCUUUGCAUUUGGGGGGCAGGCACCCACAAGAAGCAACAAGUAUCAUGCAUGAAUUGCCAAGGGCCACCUAGAAUCCAUCACUGCAACGUGUACAGUGUACAUCAUUACCCGUCCGAUCUCAGACUAUCCCCCAAAACCGCUGGAACCUCCCAGUGACUCCCAGGAUUGGCUGACUCGGGUUGGUGGGGGGUUGGUUGGCGAGUCGGGUGCCAGAACCUGGGAUGACUGGACUCAUGGACCCAACUGCUACAUGUUGGUGAAGGCUCCAUUUCACCCUAGGUAGUUGUGAGAUUCAAAACAGAACUGAGGGUCCUUUCUGAGCCUUUGGGCACUAGAUGUUGAGUUUGUGGGAGUUAGUUCUUGAUGAACCAAGAGGAGCAACCUGGAGACUGUAGAAGCUCCGACGGCAGAGCUCCGGGCGGCCUUGGAGCCGCAAGACUCAGAGAGUCGAACAUGACCGCUGCGGUCGACGGACAAAGACUCGCUGCGUGUCACGUGUGGAGACCGUUUUGGUGAGACCGUUUUGCAUUCAGAAUCUGCCACGUUUGGUUGUUAUGCCAUGUUUUUGUGAGACGUUGUGAUCAUAUAUGCGCACCGUUGGUGGUAUGUUUUACCUGUUGCAACAGGUCGAGGUCGUACAAUGAUUCACAUCGCAGCUCCCACGAGGUCGAGCCACUUCGGCCGACGACGAGAUCAACCGACCUGUCUUAGAUAGCUCCUGCUGACCUUCACAGCCUGAUUCCGCAAGACAUCGAAUCAGCAGAUUGGCACUUUGAUGAUGGAACCAUUUUGACAUAUUUUGCACAAGACGUGCGCUAAGUAUAUACUAUUAUUGCAUAUGUCAGCGAGAGGCUUUGCUUUGGCAUGCUUUGGCUGGACUGAUUGACGGCGGCCUAGAGCGACGAUGAUCUUCCUUGUGAGCCAGACAAUUUCAGCCUACCGCCAUCUACCGCCACUUGCUGGUGCAUGCGCAGCUUUUGCUGGGCCAGCAUGCGUGUUUUCGGGCGAAGGCAGACAGUGAGGAGGGAGCCAAAUGAGGUGCUCAGCGAUUCCUCAGGCGAGCGACGUCUCGGAGGAGCCGGACCCCGCGCGAGUGGCCCGGAGCGAGGUGUGGCACAAGCCGACAAGUGGGAGGCCAUGGCGCAAGAAUUGAGCUGCUUGGAAGAUGGCCCUGCCAUGAGAGGGACCUCAGACCCCGCUGCGCCAACUCGCCCAACCGCCAACCGUUCAGUCGCCGAGCUGCUGCCGGGCCUGCCGAGGAGGAGGAGUGUGCGCUCAGUAAGUGACACUAGCUCCUCUAGCAGCUCGUCCAGCAGUUCUGCUUCGCCCACGGGACAGCGGAGCGGCGCCAGUAGCGGCGCCAGCGGUGGUGGUGCCACCAGCCGCGUGUGAAGAGACAGGGUGACAGGUAGAGAGGAGCCAGUGCAGGGCUGUCG